GCCCAUCGUCGUCUCGCUCGUGGGCGGCGCCAUCACAGUCUUCAAAACUGUGGGCGGCAGCUUCGCGGUCUUCAUGCUCGUGGGCUGCAGCGUCGUUGGUUUCAUCCUCGUGGCUGGCAGUUUCGUUGAGAUCAUGUUUGUCCAAGCCUGCGCAACUCCUGUGGCGUUCACCCUCGUGAACAUCAGCUUCGUGGCGUUCAAGUCCGAUGGCGACAAUUUCGUGGCAGUCACGCUCGUGGGCGGCAGCUUCGUGGUAUUCGAGCUCGUGGGCGGCAGCUUUGUGAUGAUCAUUCUCGUGGGCGGCAGCUUCGUACUGUGCCGCGCCCGUGCCGACAGUUUCGUGGUGUUCACGCUGGUGGGCAGCAGCCUCGCGGCGCUCAUACUCGCAGGCGGCAGUUUCGUGGCAUUCGAGCUCGCAGCGACGGACGACUUCGUGGUGUUUGCGCUCGUGGGCAUCAGCUUCGCGGUCCUCACGCCCGUGAGCGGCAGCUUCGCUGCGUUCCCGCUCGCGGGUGGCAGCUUCGGAUUGUUCGCGCUCGUGGGCAGCAGCUUCGGGGUGUUCACGUUCGUCACGCUCGUGGGGGACAGCUUCGCGGCGUUCACGCCCGUGGGCAGCAGCUUCGUGGUGUUCACGCUCGCGGGCUGCUGCGUCGUGGUGUUCACGUUCGAAGGCAUAAGCUUCUUGAUGUUUACGCUCGCGGUUGGCAGCGUCGCGGCCUCCACGCUCGUGGGCGGCAGCCUCGUAGCGUUCACGCCUGCGCCAGCGCACGUGGGCUACAGCUUCGUGGUCUCUACGCUCUUAGGCAGCAACUCCGUGGUGCUCACCCUCGUGAGCGGCAGUUCCGUGGUGUUCAAGCUC